CAUUUUCAAAUUCAAACUGCAGCUUGGCUUCGCUUCAUGCGCAGAGCUCGAUCAGGUUUUCGGAGAAUUGACUAAAUCUCAGCAACAUUCGAAUUACAAAUUGUAAUUUACAUUAUUUAUUUUAUUAACUCAACUAUUCGGACAACAAAUUGUAUACCUAAACCGAAAUCCGCGUUCAUUUAAAGAAACGCGAUCCAAAAAGCCAAAAAAGAUUAAAUAGCCAAGCGUCUGCUGAUCUGUGUGUUACUUGUGUUUGUUAAAAUAGAAAAAAUAAUCAAAAUGGUGGGCACAACACUGAAAAUGCGCGGCGAUGAGAACGCAUCGGAGAAUUUCAAGCAAGUGCAACUGAAGAAACUGACGGUGCCUUCGCAGGAGGCAACAACAAAACGCGCUGCUUUGGGAGAUUUGCAAAAUCGCGGUCUAAAUCGCGCCAUUGCUGCGAAAGAUGCGGCGCAGAAAGACUCCAAGGAUCUCAAGCUCACAGAUGCCCUGCGCAAUGCCAAGGCUCGAGUGGACACCCACUGGAAGAAACAGGCCCUGGGAACCACCACAAAUGGCAAUACAGCCGCUCCGCCCAAGGCCAACGAAGGGGGCGUGGCGGCCUUUUUGCGCUCGAAUUCGGUACGCAAUCGCGUUCCGACCAAGACGACUGUAGAACCCACUAAAAUUACAGUAAAGGCGACUUCCAACGAUAAAAUUAACGAGCCCACCUUGAAACGUGAGGACAGCAAUCUCUCCAAGAAAUCGCUGACCAAGCUUCGCGCUGCAUUGGCUAAGCCCGUGAUGGGAGUUUCCGGAAUUCGCCGGGAGCCAGUGACUGUGGCCCGCAAGGAGGCGGAGAUCAAGGACACAUUGGAAGUAAAGAAGGAAGUGCCAGAAGCCAAAAAGGAAGUGACCAGUGUGCCCUCCAUUAAAGCCCCCAGUGUCGUCACCACAACCACAUCCACAUUGCCAACCACCAUGUCCCUCUCCAGCAAGCGCUUGGCUGGGAUUAAGGACAUCGAUGCCAACGACAAGGAGAACCUGGUUUUGGUCUCGGAAUAUGUGAACGACAUCUACGACUAUUUGUACCAAGUGGAGCUGCAGCAGCCCAUACACAAGGAUCACCUGGAAGGGCAGAAAGAGGUGUCCCACAAGAUGCGAGCCGUGCUGAUCGAUUGGAUCAACGAGGUCCACCUGCAGUUCCAUUUGGCUCCAGAAACCUUCCAGCUGGCGGUAGCCAUCAUCGAUCGUUAUCUGCAAGUGGUCAAGGACACCAAGCGCACCUACUUGCAACUGGUGGGAGUGACGGCUCUCUUUAUUGCCACCAAGUACGAGGAGCUGUUCCCGCCGGCCAUUGGGGAUUUUGUCUUCAUCACGGAUGACACCUAUACAACCAGGCAAAUUCGCCAAAUGGAGCUGCAGAUCUUCAAGGCAAUUGACUGUAAUCUGUCCCGUCCGCUGCCGCUUCACUUCUUGAGGCGGUACUCGAAGGCUGCCGGCGCUGAGGAUGAGCACCAUGCCAUGUCCAAGUACUUUAUUGAGCUUGCUAUGGUGGAUUACGACAUGGCUACCUACAGGCCAUCGGAGAUUGCUGCCGCUUCGCUGUUUCUGUCGCUGCACUUGCUCAAUGGAAACCACCGGGCUGGCACAGGAUUCAACGACCGACACUGGACGCCCACUCUGACCUACUACUCGCGCUAUUCGGCCGCCCACUUGCGACCCAUUACCCGGCAGAUUGCAAAGCUGGCCCGGGAUGCUCCCCAGGCCAAACUGAAGGCCAUCUACAACAAGUACCAGGGCAGCAAGUUCCAGAAGAUCGCACUGCGAACGGAGCUGACCGGUGCGCUUAUGGACUCCAUCGUGAACAGCCCGAGGAAAUAGUCUGGUCCAGAUUAAUUGGAAGACCCACAAAAACCUGGUUUAGUUUAAUUUGUUUUCAUUUUUUAAAUUUGUAGCGUAUUCAAUAUUCUGUUCGUUUCGUGUUCGUUACAAAAUGCGUAUAAUAACCUUAGUCGCAUAGCUUACUAUGUAUCUUCAUCAUCAUAAGCAAUUCCCCCAGGCAUUUUAAUCUGCUGGAGUCCCUUGAGCAGUUUUCACCCGCUGCCAAGAGCUGGCUCCGGCAUCUUUGCACCUGGAGCACAAGUUGAACGCGAGCCGGCCGAUGGAAGUGAGUUCCGCCGGUAAGACUAGAUACCGGACUAAGCUGGAGCCCGCCUGCUCCUCCCGCUGGGUCACCAUCUCAGUGGGGAGCGAGCGGCGGUGCGGUGGACACCGAGAGAGAGUGGGCAACGAGUUCAUUUGCUGGCCGAAAACAUCGGCGUUGUCUCUCCAAGAACAAUAUUUUAUAUUCAUACCCCAUUCAUCCCUUACCACUAAUUGUAUUUAGAUUUUAUCUUUGAUGGGAAAUUGUUCGUUCUGUGCAUUAUGAAUAAAUACAAAAAACUUGUGCAAAAAUAUUCCCAUA